UGCCAAUCACCAGUCUUCCUCCCGGCUUUGCCCUGAAAGUCGUCCGUCCGCCGGGCUCUUUCUUCGGCCUUCUUGUUUCCCGUCGGAGUGUAGAGUCCGUGUGUGGGCGCAUUUCCGUUUCCGGCGGUGUCCAUGGGAGGCUCAGGGGUAGCAGUUCUGAACACGGUAACGACUGCGGGCUGAGGCAGACGACGGCGGGAUCCCGAGGGAGUAUCGGCGAGUCGUGCGCGUGAGCUAUUUGUGAAUUGAUAAAAAGCCACUAUGGAGACUAAGGACCAGAAGAAACACAGAAAGAAAAACAGUGGACCAAAAGCUGAAAAGAAAAAGAAACGGCAUCUGCAGGAUCUCCAGCUUGGUGACGAGGAAGAUGCUCGGAAGAGAAACCCCAAAGCUUUUGCAGUUCAGUCUGCUGUGCGGAUGGCUCGAUCCUUCCAUAGGACUCAAGAUUUGAAGACAAAAAAGCAUCACAUUCCGGUGGUUGAUCGAACUCCACUAGAGCCUCCACCAAUAGUGGUGGUGGUGAUGGGGCCUCCAAAAGUAGGAAAGAGCACUUUGAUACAGUGCCUCAUCCGGAACUUCACCAGGCAGAAACUGACUGAGAUCAGAGGGCCUGUAACGAUCGUGUCAGGUAAAAAGCGUAGAUUGACCAUUAUUGAAUGUGGGUGUGAUAUUAAUAUGAUGAUUGAUCUGGCUAAAGUAGCAGACUUGGUUCUGAUGCUUAUAGAUGCCAGCUUUGGGUUUGAAAUGGAAACAUUUGAGUUUCUAAACAUCUGCCAAGUACAUGGCUUUCCUAAAAUUAUGGGAGUUCUCACCCACCUAGACUCCUUCAAGUAUAAUAAACAGCUGAAGAAGACAAAGAAGCGAUUAAAACACAGGUUCUGGACUGAAGUCUAUCCGGGUGCAAAGCUGUUCUACCUUUCUGGAAUGGUACAUGGAGAAUAUCAAAACCAAGAAAUUCAUAAUCUGGGCCGUUUCAUUACAGUUAUAAAGUUUAGGCCUCUGACAUGGCAAACCUCUCACCCUUAUAUCCUGGCAGACAGGAUGGAAGAUUUGACAAACCCAGAAGAUAUUCGAACAAAUAUCAAAUGUGACCGAAAGGUGUCUCUUUAUGGUUAUUUAAGAGGAGCACACUUGAAAAAUAAAAGCCAUAUUCACAUGCCAGGUGUAGGAGAUUUUGCUGUGAGCGAUGUCAGUUUUCUCCCAGACCCCUGUGCUCUGCCUGAACAACAAAAGAAGCGCUGCUUAAAUGAGAAAGAAAAGUUGGUUUAUGCGCCCCUCUCUGGAGUUGGUGGUGUGUUGUAUGACAAAGAUGCUGUCUAUGUUGACCUUGGUGGCAGCCAUGGUUUUCAGGAAUCGGAGGAGGUGAGGCCUACCCACGAACUGGUCCAGAGUCUCAUUUCCACCCAUUCCACUAUUGAUGCCAAGAUGGCUUCCAGCAGAGUGACACUUUUUUCUGAUUCUAAACCAUUAGGGUCAGAGGAUAUAGAUGAUCAGGGGCUUUGGAUGCCAAAAGAAGAAAAGCAAAUGGAUUUGAAAACUGGUCGAGUGCGUCGGAAAGCCAUCUUUGGAGAUAAAGAAGAUGGGUCUGGAGAUAGUGAUGAUGACGAUGAUGAUGAAGAAGAAGAAGAAGAAGAAAUGUCUGAAGGUGAUGGGUUGGAAAUUGGCUCUGAUGAUGAAACAGAAGAGAAGGAAGAUGAAAUGACUGUUAAAGAGUAUAUGACUGUUAAGAGUUUCAAGCGGCAGAAACUUGAGAAGGUGGAAGAAGACAUUGAGGUGGACUUGCCAGCGUUUGCUGAUAGCGAUGAUGACCUUGAGAGGAGCUCGGGGGAGGAAGGGGAAGUUGAGGAAACCGAUAAAAACAGUGAGGAAGAGGAGGACUCCACUGCAGAAGAAGAGAGUGAUACUUUAGAAUCUAAAGCUGUCAGAGAGGGUGGUAUACCAGGACUACCGCAAGCUAAUGGUUUGAGUGACAGUUUCAAUCUGGAGAAGUCUUUGACAGUUAAAAAAGUAGUCCUCGCCACUUCAGAUUCAGGUCAUUGCACAGCUGAAGAGGCGUUUGCUUCUGAGGAUGAAUCUGGAGAAAGCACUUCGCUCAAUUCAGAGGAUGAGGAUUCAGAAAGUGAAGAGGUUAUUAGGAAAAAGCUUCCACAUCCUUCUCAAUUGGACAGUGGGCAGAAACGGGGGUCAGACAAAUUAAAUGAGACUAGUGAAAUAGAAGAUUUACUGAAAGAGGAAGAAGAUUACAAAGAAGAAAAUAACUAUUCCACAGAAACUUCAGGUGCCGUCAGGUGGAAGGAGGACCUGUCCAGGAAGGCAGCCGAGGCCUUUCUCAGGCAGCAACAAGCAACUCCAAACCUUCGAAAGCUUAUUUAUGGGACAGUGACAGAGGAUAAGGAAGAAGAUGACGUUGAUACCAGAGAAGAACUCGGAGGCUUGUUUCGUGUCAGCCAGCCUGACAGAGAGUGUGAGCACAAGGCCGAUUCUUUGGACUGUUCCAGAUUUCUUGUGGAAACACCCCAUGAUUGGGGUUUAGAGGAGGUGAUGAACAGUAUCAGAGAUUGCUUCGUGACUGGGAAAUGGGAAGAUGAUAAAGAUGCGGCCAAGAUCUUAGCAGAAGAUGAGGAGCUAUAUGGUGACUUUGAAGACCUUGAAACAGGGGAUGUGCACAAGGGAACAUCAGAUCCAGACACUCAGAUUGAAGAUGCAGAAGAAGAAGUUAAGGAAGAAAUUGAGCUCAACACAGAAGAAGGUGUCAAGAAAAAACGUAUGGACAAGAAGCGAAAACUGAAGGAGAUGUUUGAUGCAGAAUAUGAUGAAGGAGAAAGCACAUAUUUUGAUGAUCUUAAAGGAGAAAUGCAGAAACAAGCCCAGCGUAACAGAGCAGAAUUUGAAGAUCAAGAUGAUGAAACGAGAGUUCAGUAUGAGGGGUUUCGACCUGGGAUGUAUGUCCGGAUUGAGAUAGAAAACGUCCCCUGUGAAUUCGUGCUCAACUUUGACCCCCAUUACCCAAUUAUUUUGGGGGGUUUGGGCAACAGUGAGGGCAAUGUUGGAUAUGUACAGAUGCGUCUGAAGAAACAUCGUUGGUAUAAGAAAAUCCUCAAGUCUCGAGAUCCGAUCAUUUUUUCCGUGGGGUGGAGGAGGUUUCAGACCAUUCCACUCUAUUAUAUCGAAGACCACAAUGGAAGACAAAGGCUUCUGAAAUACACACCACAACACAUGCAUUGUGGAGCAACUUUUUGGGGUCCUAUCACACCACAGGGAACUGGCUUCUUGGCAAUACAGUCUGUCAGUGGCAUGAUGCCCGAUUUCCGGAUAGCUGCCACAGGAGUUGUCCUUGAUCUUGAUAAAUCCAUAAAAAUUGUGAAGAAAUUAAAACUAACUGGUUUUCCAUUUAAAAUUUUCAAGAACACUUCAUUUAUUAAGGUCUGUAUAUCCAUAUAUUCACAUUUUUAUAUGAGGGACCACUCCCCACCCCCAGUCGCCAGCCGGGGUUCCAGCAAGAGGAUUAAUGCUGACAAGCUCCUGGCUGCUUGCCGCCUGCCAGGCCCAGCGCUUCAAAUACGAAGUUGCAUCUAA